GAGCGAGAGCCCGUGCGUGUGUUGCAGCUCUGUCAAUCCUUGGAUUAGAACCAAUGAUUGCAGCUUGUAGGAGGGCUGUCCAGGGCCAGAUUGUACAACGUGUCUCAGUGCCAGAGUAUGAGUGGAGAUAAUUACGGGGAAGUCACACUCUCUCACACCAGCAGCUUCCUUGUGUCCUUCAGCAAAACAGUGGAUUUAAACCUCCUUGUACGAGCUUGAGAGCUGCACAAUCUAUCAGGAAAAAAAAAAGGGGGGGGGGGAAGAAAGAAAGGAAAAAAAUCGAACCUGACAAAAAAGAAGCAAAAGAAGAAAAAAAUCAUGAAAACCAUUCAGGCAAAAAUGCACAAUUCUAUCUCUUGGGCAAUCUUCACGGGACUGGCUGCUCUGUGUCUCUUCCAAGGAGUGCCGGUGCGGAGCGGAGAUGCCACAUUUCCCAAAGCAAUGGACAACGUGACCGUCCGGCAGGGGGAGAGCGCCACCCUCAGGUGCACGAUCGACAACCGGGUCACACGGGUAGCCUGGCUCAACCGCAGCACCAUCCUCUAUGCUGGGAAUGAUAAGUGGUGCCUGGAUCCUCGCGUGGUCCUCCUCAGCAACACCCAAACCCAGUACAGCAUCGAGAUCCAGAAUGUGGACGUGUACGACGAGGGCCCAUACACCUGCUCUGUGCAGACAGACAACCACCCAAAGACCUCCAGGGUCCACCUCAUUGUACAAGUAUCUCCCAAAAUUGUAGAAAUUUCUUCAGAUAUCUCCAUUAAUGAAGGGAAUAAUAUCAGCCUCACCUGCAUAGCAACAGGUAGACCAGAGCCUACAGUCACCUGGAGACACAUCUCCCCCAAAGCUGUUGGCUUUGUGAGUGAAGAUGAGUACUUGGAAAUCCAGGGCAUCACCCGGGAGCAGUCAGGGGACUAUGAGUGCAGUGCCUCCAAUGACGUGGCUGCACCCGUGGUGCGGAGAGUGAAGGUCACCGUGAAUUAUCCACCCUACAUUUCAGAAGCUAAGGGCACAGGUGUCCCUGUGGGACAGAAGGGGACACUACAGUGUGAAGCUUCAGCAGUUCCCUCUGCAGAAUUCCAGUGGUACAAGGAUGACAAACGACUGAUUGAAGGAAAGAAGGGAGUCAAAGUGGAAAACAGGCCUUUCCUCUCAAAACUCAUCUUUUUCAAUGUUUCUGAACACGACUAUGGAAACUACACUUGUGUGGCCUCCAACAAAUUGGGCCACACCAAUGCCAGCAUCACGCUAUUUGAACUAAAUGAGCCUACAAGCUCAACUUUGUUGCAAGAAGUGAAAACUACAGCCCUGACCCCUUGGAAAGGCCCGGGUGCUGUCAGUGAAGUGAGCAACGGGGCAUCCAGGAGGGCAGGCUGCGUUUGGCUCCUCCCUCUUCUGGUCUUACACCUGCUCCUCAAAUUUUGAUGUGAGUGCUACUUCCCCCUGGGGAGAGCUGCCGCCACCGCAUCUACUGACACCACAGCACGGCAACACAACAGCGGAACCGGAGAAUCACAGCCUAAGGGGACAGAAAUUCGAGGGAGGGGAACAAAGAAUACUUUGGGAAAGAAAAAAAGUUUAAAAAAGGAAAUUGAAAAAUUGCCUUGCAGAUAUUUAGGUAUCACUGAGUUUUCUUUCUUUUCCCAAACGGGAAGAACGCACACCUGGCUUGGACCCACCCGCAAGCUGCACCGUAUGACCUCUGUCGCCAGGGUGGGCAAGGGCUCAGCCACUCUGCCCGCUGAAGUGCCCCACCAUGGAACAUUCUGGAGUUGGCCAUCCCAAAGCCCAUCAGUCCACAGAGACAAAUACAGAGUGGGACAGUGGCCCAGAAGGGCCAGGGCGGGCCCUUGGGCAGACGGUGCCACCAUUGCGUGUGUCCUGAAAUGUGAAUUU